AUGGGGGAGUGCGGGGUGCCCCCCCAGGUCCAGCUCUUCCUCCGCGCCUGCGAGCAGGGCGACUGCGAGACCGCCCGGCGCCUCUUGGGGCUGCCCGGCGGUGGCACCGCCGACCCAGCGGCCCCCUCCUCCUGCGGUACCGAGGAGGCGGCGGCGGCAGAGCCCCGCGGCGAAGCGUCCGCCUCACCGGCCCCCGCCGUGCCCGUGGACUGCACCGACGAGGCCGGCAACACGGGUCUGCAGUUCGCCGCGGCGGGGGGCCACGAGCAGCUGGUGCGGUUCCUGCUGCGGAAGGGAGCCUCGGUGCAGAGCAGGAACCACUACGGAUGGAGCCCCCUCAUGCAGGCAGCCAGGUUUGGACAUCUAAGCGUGGCUCACAUCUUGCUGGAGAAUGGUGCUGAUCUCAAUGCACAAAAUAAGUUAGGAGCCAGUGUCCUAACAAUGGCCUCCAGAGGCGGCCACGUCAGCAUGGUGAAAUUGUUGCUGGAAUCUGGAGCUUUUGUAGACAAUUAUGACCAUUUUAGCACAAGUGUACUUAACAGCAGCAGAGACGACCUUCCUGAUAUAACUCCACUAAUGGCAGCUGCUCAGCAUGGACAUGAGGCAGUGGUACAUCUGUUAUUAGACUGGGGAGCUGAUUGUAAUUACACUGUGAAGACUAUGGGCUGGAGUCCUUUAAUGCUGGCAGCUGUUAGUGGAAAGGUGAGCUUGGCACAGCAGCUCAUGGAGAAAGGUGCCAAUCCUGAUCACCUGAAUGUAUUACAUAAAACACCUUUUGAAAUCUCUGUUGGCUUCAAACACAAAGACAUGAAGGACUACCUGGAAUCGCUCACAACGAUCAGACCCCAGGCAGAUACAGAAAAGAGGCAACCUGAUGUCUUUCAUGCUUUGAAAUUGGGAAACUUUCAGCUGGUUAAAGAGAUUGUUGAUGAAGACCCAAGUCAGGUCAAUAUUACCAAUGUUGACGGCGCAUCUCCAUUAAUGAUUGCGGCUGUAACUGGACAGCUGCCCCUUGUUCAGCUCCUUGUUGAGAAAAAUGCUGAUAUUGACAAACAGGAUAAUGUUCAUGGCUGGACAGCACUAAUGCAGGCCACAUACCACGGAAACAAAGACGUUGUAAAGUAUUUGUUAAAUCAAGGUGCUGAUGUCAAUCUUCGUGCAAAAAAUGGAUACACAGCUUUUGACCUGAUAAUGCUGCUGAAUGAUCCAGACACAGAGCUAGUACGGUUAUUGGCAUCAGCAUGCAUGCAAGUAGACAAAGACAAGAAUAAACUGAACAACAGAUCAUCUUUGCCUUGUUCCAGAAGUAGGCAAUCCUUAAAUGUCCCAAUGUUGCCAGAUGACAAAGGAGGUCUAAAGUCAUGGUGGAGCAGGAUGUCCAAUCGAUUCCGCAAGCUGAAGUUGACUCAGACAUUGCGCCAUGGAUUUCCUUUCAAUCAGUUUGUGCCUUUUCCUGAUGAGCCUGAACCAUCAUUAAAUUCCACCAUAAAAGCAGUUUCACAGAGUGAUAUGGACACCUUUGGAAACCCUGAUGCUGCUACAGCUCGGAUCACAAAUAACAAAGCUAGUGGUAUAAACACUGCAAAAGGAGGAAAGGAUGAUGAAUUAUUGACAACAAUGUUACGAAGUAGUGCUCCAUUUACCAGGCUGCCCAGUGAUAAACUGAAAGCAGUGAUACCGCCUUUCUUACCGCCCUCAAGUUUUGAGCUUUGGAAUUCUGACCGAACGCGAAUCAGCAAAGAUGGCAAAGCUGAACAGAUGAGAACUGCGUGGCCACAGAGAGCAAUCAAGCAUGAUUUUAACAGCAGUGGGAACUCUGAUAUAACAUCUGUUAGCAAAGGUACUAGACCAGUCAAAUUACCAGCAUUUGCAAGAAGACCUGCAUCUCCUUCAAAUUCCAACAACUUCAACCAUUCUCCUCAUUCUUCUGGUGGAUCCAAUAACAUUGCAGGAAUUAACAGGCACGGAGGAGAACUGCAUAACAGAUCAGGUGGCAGUGCAGAUAAUGUUUUGUCUCAGAUUGCAGCCCAAAGAAGAAAAGCAGCAGGCUUGCCUGAACAGAAACCGAGCCAACAGCAUAGUCCAGUCCAGUCAACUCCUUCAUCCACCUUGUCUGAUUUGCAGUGUGCUCAAAUUGUUGGCAACGGACAUGUUGUAAAGCAAAAACUGGAGAUGAACAAAAGACCUCCAUCUGGGACUUCAUCUACGUCUAAAAGCACAUCACCAACUAUUACACCUUCCCCAUCACCCUCCCCGUCUCCUAAGGUUCACAACGCAGAGUCCUCUCUCUCUUCUUCUCACAGGCAGGUCAAGAGCAAUGGUUCCAGCAGUGGUACUAUUACAGAAGAUGAUGAGCUGACAGGCAUCCUUAAAAAAUUGUCCCUUGAGAAAUAUCAGCCUAUUUUUGAGGAACAAGAGGUGGAUAUGGAAGCCUUCCUUACACUUACUGAUGGUGAUCUGAAAGAGCUGGGUAUUAAAACCGAUGGAUCAAGGCAGCAAAUUUUGGCAGCUAUUUCUGAACUGAAUGCAGGAAAGGGACGGGAGAGACAGAUUUUACAAGAAACUAUACACAACUUCCACUCUUCGUUUGAGAGUAGUGUUAGUAACACACGACCUCCAGGUCAUUCCCAGUCACCUGGCUGCUCUAUAAAACCACAAGAAGCUGUUUCUCCUAAAAGAUGAAGAACCCAUACAAGGUGUUUGUGGGCACAGUCAAGAACAACAAAAGCAUGGAAGAAGGCAUGAAAAACCUCCAUGAACUACUAGAGCUUCUACAUGGAGAAAUACAUAAACUGAAUAUGCCUCUAUUGACUGGAUACAGAUAAAGGGAGUCCAAACUCAAAAUGUUAUGGUUUCAUGAGAAGGAAUAUAGAGGAAAAGUAAUGCUGCAUUCUUCAUUAACCAAAAUACACUUUAUCUGUUUAAUAUUAAGAGGUUAGAACAGCAGUAAAGUUAAAUAGGAAAUACCUGUUUGUAAAAAUAGCACUUUAUUUAAGGAAAUGCAUAAUCUGUCACCAAUAUUUAAACAGAAAUAGUGUUAAAAUUUUUUAUAUUGCUGAUUGCUUGUUUUGAGAAUAAAACCACGUAACUGAUAUUGGCUGGGGU